AUGCAGACCGAGCAGAUCGCUCUUCCUGCGGUGUGUAUGUGUGUGUGUGUGUGUGUGUGACAGCAGCAGCACUGGCGCAUUGUGUGUCUGUAAUACUCAUUCGAUUUAUUCCCUCACACGCUGAGUUAUUAAUACAACCUCAUCUGGUUCCCCUCUCUCUGGACGGACUGCAGGACGGAGCGGGCUUCUUAGAAAAUGGCCAACAGAGAUGAUGAAUACGAUUUCUUGUUCAAAGUUGUUCUCAUUGGAGAUUCGGGCGUGGGGAAGAGUAACCUGCUGUCACGCUUCACAAGGAAUGAGUUUAAUCUGGAGAGCAAGAGCACGAUCGGAGUGGAGUUCGCCACCAGGAGCAUCCAGGUGGACGGCAAGACCAUAAAAGCUCAGAUCUGGGAUACAGCAGGACAGGAGCGCUACAGGGCCAUCACCUCUGCGUAUUAUCGUGGCGCGGUCGGCGCUCUGCUCGUGUACGACAUCGCCAAACAUCUGACCUAUGAGAACGUGGAGCGCUGGCUGAAAGAGCUGCGAGAUCACGCUGACAACAACAUCGUCAUCAUGCUGGUGGGGAAUAAGAGCGACCUGCGGCACCUGAGAGCCGUUCCCACCGACGAGGCGCGCGCUUUCGCAGAGAAAAAUAACCUGUCAUUCAUCGAGACGUCCGCUCUGGACUCGACUAACGUGGAGGAGGCCUUCAAGAACAUCCUGACAGAAAUAUAUCGUAUCGUAUCACAGAAGCAGAUCGCUGACCGACUGGCUCACGACGAGUCGCCGGGGAACAACGUGGUGGACAUCAGCGUCCCGCCGACCACAGACGGACAGAGGGGCAACAAACUGCAGUGCUGCCAAAACCUGUAACCAUGACAACCAGCCCUCAGCUGUCACUCAUCUCGUCUCUCUUCGUGUCAUACGCUAAUGUUUCAUCUGUGUAAUAUAUGUAUGUUUUUCUUUUGAUAGCUUGUCCACUCACAUACACACAGUAUCUGACUGUGCUCUGGUUUAUUAGCUGCAAGACUGUGGUUAAAAACAUGAAAUGCAAGUAAAUAUUACACAAUCAUAGAGAUACAUGGAUAAAGAUCGGCUCAAUCUCAAGAUCAUGUGAGGGCAUAUUUCACUCCAAAAAAUCUAAAUAUAUUUUAAUCAUAUAAUUAAUAAUUUUACAUUUGUAUAAAAAUUAUUUCCUCUCAAUUUUAUAUAUAUAUAUAUAUAUAUAUAUAUAUAUAUAUGUGUGUGUGUGUGUGUGUGUGUGUGUGUGUGUGUGUGUGUGUGUGUAAUUUGAUCAAUCAAAAAAGACUGUGAAGAAUUUUAAUAAUAUCAUUAUUAUUUUUUAUUUUCCCCUCAAAUAUUUAUUACAGUAAUGCUAAUAUAUAUAUAUAUAUAUAUAUAUAUAUAUUGUCACGAGACAAAGAAGCACACGACGAGCGAGUGAGUGAAAAAUAUCCCCGAAGGGUGGAUUUUAU